GGAUUUGAUCCAACACAGGACACACCCAUCGAGAUCCUUCACACUAUUCUUUUGGGGAUGACAAAGUAUGUCUGGCAUAUGACCCAUAUACAGUGGACUACAGAGCAGAAAAAUCUCUACGCUCAUCGGCUUCAGGCAACAGAUGUCAAAGGCCUAUCAAUCCCCGCAGUCCGUGCUCAGUACAUCAUGCAAUACGUGAGUUCUCUUGUGGGUCGCCAGCUCAAGACGAUUACACAAACAAUCUCGUUUCAUGCCUACGAUCUUGUACCGCCACUUGUGUUUCAGCUUUGGCGAGCAGCAGGAGAGUUUUCAUCUCUUAUUUGGUUCCCUGAGAUACAAAAUCUAGACGAGUAUCUGGAUGACAUUGAGGUCACUCUUGCAAACGUGCUCAAUACAUUCUGUGAUAUAGAGCCAAGCAAAAUAGUUGAGAAGGUCAAGCUACACCUACUGACACAUACACGAUACGACAUCCUUCGCUUUGAACCCUUGCCGGGUCAAGCCACAGAA